AUGGCCGGGGGCUCUGCUAUCAAUGUGUUCAAGUUCAACACGGGUGGACUGCCCAAGGAGACCCUCAACUUCAAGCUCUGGUUCGCCGUCUUUGCCUUUGGGCUCCUCGGCGCCGCCCGUGGUGUCGACGAGGGUCUUAUUACCGGCGUUUUCAACUCCCAGGCUUUCAAGCUGUCUCUCGGCAUCGAUGAUCUCGACGAGGCUGCGCUGGCCAGCGUGAAGGGUACUGUCUCAUCCAUGGUCCAGCUCGGCAGCAUCGCCGGUGCUCUGCUUGCCUUUGUCGUCUGCGAUCGCAUCGGCCGUGUCUGGGCCACUCGCCAGCUGUGCUGUCUGUGGAUCCUGGGCAUUGGCAUCUUUAUUGGGAACAACGGUAACAUGGACGCUGUCUACGCCGGUCGGUUCGUUGCUGGUCUCGGUAUAGGGCAGACCUGUGUCGUCGGGCCCAUCUAUCUCUCUGAAAUUUCCCCUGCCCCGAUCCGCGGUCUCUGCACUUGUAUGUUUACUGGCGCGGUAUACCUUGGUAUUAUGCUGGCGUACUUUGCCAACUGGGGUGCUGAGCUUCACAUGGCAGACACUUUCAACCGCUGGGCUGUGCCCACGUCGCUCCACCUCAUGUUUGCCGGGAUCACCCUGCUCCUCACCUUCCUGCAGCUAGAGUCCCCUCGUUACUACAUCAAACGAGGCAAGCGUGAGAAGGCACUGGAAACCCUCUGCAAGUUCCGUGGCCUGCCCGCCGACCACCCGUACGUCCUGAACGAGAUCUCUGAAAUGGAUGUUGCCUUCCAGGAGGAGAUGGAGGCCACUGCUGGCAUGGGCUGGAAGGGCUUGUUCAAGGAGCUGUUUGCCAUCAAGCAGAACUCCUACCGUCUGUUUCUCACGAAUCUGGCCCAGAACAUGGCUUGCUGGUCUGGUGGCUCCGCGAUUACUGUGUACGCCCCCGAUUUGUUCACGCUCGUCGGCAUCACUGGCCAGGAACAGUCUCUGUUCUCUACUGUCGUCUUUGGGGUUGUGAAACUGGUCGCCGCUAUCAUCUGCGCACUCUUCCUGAUCGACAUGGCGGGCCGUAAGCGUGCUCUUAUAAUUGGCAUUGCAUUGCAGACCGUUGCCAUGUUCUAUAUUGCCAUCUUCCUCAACCUCAUCCCCAUCGCCAACAACCCCGACUUUCAACCCAGCGAAUCGCAGAGCCGUGCCUCGACCGGUGCCAUUGUCUUCAUCUACCUCUCCGGCGUUGGAUGGGCGCUUGGAUGGAACAGCGGUCAAUACCUGCUGUCCUCUGAGCUGUUUCCUCUCCGCAUCCGUGGUAUCUGCUCGUCCAUCACAAUGGCCAUGCACUUUGUCUGCCAGUAUGCCGUCAACCGCGCCCUGCCUGAGAUGCUGCUUGUCGAUGGUGGUCUCGGCCCUCAUGGGACCUUUUACUUCUUCGGCGUCGUUUCCAUUAUUGGUGCCAUUUGGGUUUGGUUGUUUGUGCCCGAAGCCGCCGGUCGCAGCCUCGAGACUAUCGACAAGAUGUUCAGUCUUCCCUGGUACAAGAUCGGUCUCUACGGACGCAAGUUUGCGGAAGAGUACGAUCGCGAGCAGGAGGAGAUUUAUCGCAACGAGAAGACCAGUGCCGCGGCUGUUGUUUCCCACAGAGAAACGGCCUAG